CCCGGAAGCAGUGGCCCGGGGUUAGUGCCACGCGGUCAGUGCCAUCAGGUUGUCACGAGUGUGGGCGCAGCACCGGAAGCCUCUGGUGACACUGUUAUAUAGCAGUGCCAAAGCGUGUGAGUGCCAGACAGAACCUGUGAGUGCUGAGGACAUGGCGCAGUGGUGGUGGAGCGUUGUGGUGGUGGUGGUGUUGGUGGCGGUGCCCGGCGCAACGGCACUGAGGACUGAGGCGUGCCGGGUGACGCCCUCAGACAUCCCGGGCAAGAUGGACGUCUCCUGUGAUUGCAUGCAGCGCCUGACCAAGGUGGAUGUGUCUGUGUCGACGCUCACCAUCAACCAGACAGGGUGCGAGCGGCCCGGCCUGGAGGUGGAGUGGGCUGAGCUGGAGGCCGAGGUGGCGCCCUCUAAGCUGGUGCUGGUGGACGCGCGCGUGUACUUCACCAGGCAGGAGGCCGCCCCGGCCCGGCCCGCCUCCAUCAGCGCCGUGCACUUCAUCAACUGCUCCUUCGUGGAACUGCCCGCCCACGCUUUCCAGGGCCUGCAGUUGCUGCGCGAGGUGCGGCUGCUGGGCGGCGCGGCGGCCGUGGUGCGCCGCGGGGCCUUUAUGGGACUGCCGCACCUCCGCGUGGUGGAGAUGGUGGACGCCAGCCUGGGCGUGGUGGAGAGCGGGGCGUGGGCCAACCUACCUGCGCUGCGGGACCUCAUCUUGGCGCACUGCAGCAUCGAGGACCUGCAGUCCCUGGCCAUCAACCUGACCAGCGCCAGCACCGCGGAGGAGGAGGAGCGCACGUGUGGGGCGGCGCGGAGCCCUGACCGCAGCCGUGUGCUGGAAGUGCUGUCUGCCCGCCAGAGUGCAUUCCGCGCCCCCAACAUGUCACUGCCGGACUUUGGGUCCCAGCUGCUGCUGUACAACAACAGCAUCGAGGUGAUACAGCAGCGCGCCCUCAGCGGCGACGCCUUCGGGUUCCUGAUCUUGGUGGGCAACGUGGUGGGUCACCUGGCACCCUCCGCUCUGGCCCUGGAGCUGCACAGCCCAUGCGAGGUCAGCGCCGCCAUGCUGGUGGACAACAGCCUGGCGGGCGUGGAGGACGGGGCGCUGGCCGCGCUGCGAGGCAGACAGGGGGCGCCGCUUCGCACCUUCCUGGCCCUCAACAACAACACCUGGAGCCUCACGGCGCCCCACGCCUUCACGCUGCACCAAGAUCUGCUCCUCUUCUCGGCGGCAGACAACACCUUCUCCUGCCGCUGCGCAGCCCUGGGCUGGGCGGCCACUGCGCCCACCACGGAGGUGCAGCAUGACCUGCAGGAGGCACUGGUGGCACAUAGUGUUUGCCGGGACGGCUCAAGGCUGGCCGCCUUCCUUGCCGCCUGCAGAGACACGCCCGCCCUCCCACCCACACACAUUGUACCCCCGCCCACUCUGACCCCCUCACCCUCCGCACCCACCCUCACCCCCUCACAGCCCACUCACACCUCUUCAACCUCACCUGACACCACCCACAUCCCGUCUCCCUCACACCCCACCCACACUGCCACCUCUUCAACCUCACCCGACACCACCCACAUCCCGUCUCCUUCACACCCAACCCACACAUCCACUACAACCACCGCCACCUCUUCAACCUCACCCGACACCACCCACACCCCGCCUCCCACACACCCUACCCCCACCAUCACCCCAAAGCCUAACUCCUCAGGCACGCCCCUCGCCCUGGCCCCCGCCACCCUCCUCACCCUGUUGGCUGCCCGUGCCUUGCUAUAGUGGCCCCUCCUCCCCUCCCCCUCCCCUCCACCGUCUCAUCUUCAUCUUAUAAUCUUAUAAUUCAUUACAUUUACCUGUAAGAGUCUCGCUUUUGUAAUAAAAAGAGAAAAU